AUCAUAAAUAUAGAUAGAGUGAAGAAAAGGAAAGACACUGCGGCAAAGCAAUUGAAAUUGGAAGUGAAAUGGAGAAUAAGUUAUCGAGCGUGGCAAAGAGUUUUGCACCAUCUCCCAUUCAGGAACUGUCCCAUCUUGCCCAGAAAUGCAACGCCAUCAACCUCGCCGAAGGCUUUCCAGAUUUCCCUGCACCUUCCCAUAUCAAAUCCGCUGCCAUUUCCGCUAUUCAUUCCGACUUCAAUCAAUACAGGCAUGUACCUGGAAUAUGUGACCUCCUGGCAAACAUAAUGAAGCAAAUCCAUGGAUUGGAUGUCAACCCUCUUACUGAUAUAGCUAUUUGUUGUGGCCAAUCUGAGGCCUUCGCGGCAGCUGCCUUUGCAAUAAUAGACAAGGGUGAUGAAGUUGUACUGUUUGACCCUUGCUAUGAAACAUAUGAAGGAUGCAUUAAGAUGGCUGGGGGAGUCCCAGUAUACGUCGCUCUCGACCCACCUCAGUGGACCUUGGACCCUAACAAAUUCAUCAACUCUUUCACUGGGAGAACAAAAGCUGUAGUACUCAACAGUCCUCACAACCCAACUGGCAAAGUAUUCACUAAAGAUGAACUUGAGAUUAUUGCUGGAGAAUGUCGCACGAGGAAUUGCCUAGCUAUUACAGAUGAAGUAUAUGAGCAUAUAACCUUCAACAGUGAGAAACAUAUAUCCCUUGCAUCAUUUCCAGGAAUGCAAGAGCGGACCAUUAUCACGUCUUCCUUAUCUAAAACGUUCAGUGUAACAGGUUGGAGGGUCGGAUGGGCAAUUGCUCCAGCUUUCAUUGCAUCUGCAAUCAGAAACAUUCAUACUAAACUUACAGAUUCUGCUCCAGCACCUUUCCAAGAAGCUGCCUUGACUGCUUUGGGAAGCCCCCCUGAAUACUUUGAAUCAUUGAGAAGUGAUUAUGAAUCAAGACGAGACUACAUUGUCAAUUUGCUAACCAGAGUUGGCUUUAAGAUUCAGUUCAAGCCUCAGGGUGCGCUCUUUUUAUUUGCAGAGCUACCUGAAAAUUGCAAACUUUCUGAUGUAGAUUAUGUUAAAAUGUUAAUACAGAAAGCAGGGGUUGUGGCUGUGCCAGGAUGUGGAUUUUUUCAUACGCAUUUGUCUCGGGAGAAAUUUUCUCUGGGAGGUUACAGCUAUCAGGAGAGAUACAUUAGGUUUGCUUUCUGUAAAAGUGAUCAGACUUUGGCUUCUGCUGCAAAAAGACUUGGAGAGCUUAUUGAUGCUACAGGUUGUCUCAAUCUGCAAUGACUCGGAAGGAAGAAUUACUCAAAUUUGUGUACUUGACAUUGAGAUGAUAUUGGAAGAUAGAACUGCACUGAGAAUAGUGGUAUCCAAGGUGAUGGAGGAGGUGGUGGGGGUGAAGUAAGGGGAGGAACUGCAUAGAACAUUGAGUUUCUGUCAAUACCAG